CAUGAUUCAAACCCAAGAUCAGUAGAUGGGCCUUUAGGCCCAUUAGUUAUGUAAUUACAAAUCGGCGAAGUAACUCCGAUUGUUUUUUCGCCGUCAAAGGUUAAACAGUCGAAACAAUGGAGAUUCUGAAGCUUGAUGUAGCGAAGUUUCCAGAAAUUGAGGAUACAAUCGAAUUAACUAACCCAAAGAGAAACGACGAAGUAGAAGAUUGCGACGACCAACAGAAGCAGCAGCUAGCUACACAAGAAGAUGAAGAGGAAGACGAAUUGAGAAAGCUUCUGCUUUCAGAUAUUGGAGAACUUCCGAUUUCUCCUCCUUCAGCUACACAAGUCAAUUUUGUUUCUUACUUCAUCACAGAUUUUACUAAAUCGGGUCAUGAUCAAUAUAUUUACCGUCACGCUAAUGGUUUGUGUGUAAUUGGAUUGGCUCCUACGCAUAUAGCUUUUAAGGAUGAAGGUGGAAUCACUAGUGUCGAUUUCAAUGUUGGUAAGUCUGAUCGUAGCGUCUUGAAAGUCUCCGGCAAGCGUAAAAAGAAUGCGUUGCGCUCUGAAUCGAAUACAGCAUUGUGCAAAGUUUCCACUGCAAAAGAUACUUACAUUGUUAGGUGCUGCGUUAAAGGCUCUCUCUUGGAGGUCAACGAGAGAUUGAUUAAGCAACCAGAGCUUCUUAAUUCAACGGCUGACCGCGAAGGGUAUAUUGCGAUAAUUAUGCCAAGACCUGCAGAUUGGACCAAAAACAAGGAGUCACUGAUAACUCUGGAGGAAUAUAAAGAAAAGAAAGAAAUGUCUUUAUGAUCUGAAGCUGAUGAUGAUUAGGGCCGUUAGGCAUAAGUCAAAUUUGGUGAAGAACUUUGAAGGUCUUUUGCAGUCUAAUCGUUUGAAGCUCUACAAUAUUUAUCAACUGUUGUGUUGUGUUUUGGCUGACAAAACUAUUUUGCAAGCAAUACAAUUUUGCAAUGUUCUUCAUGAAACCUUUUUACAUUGCUGUAUUAGAAAACACGAGACUACACUAUAUAACUUUGAAUAGGCAUGGGCGUUCGGGUAUUCGGGUUCGGGUUUUUCGGGUUUAGAAAUUUAAAACCCAUUCGGGUAAUUUAAGAUUUCGGGUCGGGAUCGGUUCGGGUUCGGGUUUGGGUUCGAAUUUAUUUAUAUAUUGAAAUAUCAAAAUUUUGUAUGU